UCUCACCCCGCCCCGCACCGCAGCGCAAUCCAAGCGCUCCUGCCCGGCGUCCUCUCGUUCCGUCCUCCACUCUUUGUCCCCGUACCUCACCAUGCUCGUGUCCCUCGCAUGUAUAACGCAGGUCGUUCUCCUUCUGCUCCUCGUCCCCAAGUCUGCUGCGCAUGCACUUGCUGUCACACGUGCUACUCCGUCCACCUGCAACGGCUACUCCCAGCUCUGUGACCGCUCGUACGGAAAUGUCACCUUUGUCGGAGCUCACGACUCGUACGCUGUCUCGUCUACGAACCUCGCCGCUAACCAGGAUUACAAUGUCACACAGCAACUGAAGGAUGGUGUCAGAAUGUUGCAGCUCCAAGCACACAACCAGAGCGGUGUCAUCCAGCUCUGCCACACCUCUUGCGGCUUGCUGAACGGUGGUACCCUUGCCAACUAUUUGAACAGCGUUAAAUCCUGGAUGGACGAGAACCCUAAUGAAGUGGUCUCGAUGCUCAUCGUCAACUCGUACGACAACAUUCUCCCGGCGGCCUACGCGACUGUCUUCUCCGACGCCGGUCUCGACUCCGUGGCCUAUGCGCCCACCAACGCGACAGUUGCGGCGAGCGCAUGGCCCACGCUGGGAGACAUGAUCAGCUCCGGGAAGCGGCUCGUCGUCUUCCUCACGACACGGGCCGACUACCAGGAAGUGCCCUACCUGAUUGACGAGUUCACGAACAUCUGGGAGACGGCAUACGACGUGACGACGACGUUUGACUGCGCGGUGAACCGCACGAACGGCAACUCGAACACGCAGAUGUACCUGAUCAACCACUUCCUGGACAUAGACCUCGGGCUGGGCCUCCUCAUGCCGGACAAGGACGCGGCGGCCGCGACGAACGGCGUGUCUGGUGCGAACUCGCUGGGGCAGCAGGCCGCGACGUGCGUGUCCGACUACCACCGGAGCCCGAACUUCAUGCUCGUCGAUUUCUACGAGUAUGGAAACGGCUCCGUCUUCCAGGUUGCGGCAACCGCGAACGGCGUGACCUACAGCCCGUCGACGCCCAUCGCCCAGGCUGGCGGCAGCUCCAGCAGCAGCUCGGCGACGACCGGCGGUGCUCUCCCCUUCAUGCGGGUCACCCCCGCCCAACUCGGCGCGUCGUUCGCUGUGACCGCGGGCGUAUUCCUCGGCGCGCUGAGUGUCCUCUAAACGAUCCGCAGCAAAAGCGAUCUCGUUGAUCCGUGUUCACUGGCAGGAUCUGUGCUCACUGACAGGAUCUGAUGCCCCAUCUUCAAGUUCGUGCCUGGACUGCUUUGCAUCUGCUCUCCAUCUUCAUCUCCAUCUCUAUCAACACCAACACCUACCACUUCCAUCUUAGGACACUCACAGACUAUUCACGGACCCAUCUACAUCUAUCUACGUGUAGCAUUGCAUAAUAGCAUUAGGACUUGCGUACAGCCUACAGGACUCAUCGGGGGUGCUCACAUGGGAAUUAAAUUCAAUCUACUUAUGGUCGCUCU